UCUUGGGCUUGUAAGAAGGUGGACAUGGGCUCACAGAGACGAGACGAGUGAUAUGUUGAACUGUCCUGUGGCUGCAAUUGACUGCUCCCGGAGUGACCCGAGGCCAGUGUUUACCAGGGCUUAGCUAGGGCCAGCGGAGCAGGCACAGAUGCGCUGCUGUGAAAUGCCACGCAGGCAGAGACUGACAGGCGGUAGGAGCUGAGCUUUCCCCCUGGACUGCUGUUUCCUGCUGUGUUCAGGGGAGGGGUGCUUUCUGGCAACUCUGCUGCUGCUGCUGCUGCUGCUACUGCUACUUCAUCUCUUUCUCCACUCCAGGUAAGCAGACUCAAAGGGAGGGCAGGCUGCAAGGGAAGCCUUUGUACAAUGAACAAGAUCCGAAAGUUUUUCCGAGGAAGUGGGCGAGUCUUGGCAUUUAUAUUUGUGGCUUCUGUCAUCUGGCUACUCUUUGACAUGGCAGCUCUCCGCCUCUCAUUCAGUGAGAUCAACACUCAGGUCCUCAAGGAAGAUAUCGUGAGGAGGGAGCAGAUAGGAUUCAGAGUGCAGCCAGACCAAAUGAAGAUCCUUUACAGCAGCAUCAAAGAGAUGAGGCCUCCCCAGAGGGGACAUGGGAAAGGGGCUUGGGGCAAGGACAUUUUUAGAAAGACUGAGGACAGUGUGCACAAGUUUGAGGAUCACUUGGAUCAAACACAGAGGAUAAGAAAAAUGAAGAACACUCCGGGAAGGGACAAAGUUGUACCUUUGUGGUAUCCUGCACAUCUGCAGACCCUCACAGGGACACUUACCAAGCAGAAGAUGGAGGGGAGAGACAGCAACCCUGAAAUGUCCUCUCGUCAGGUGACAUCAAAGCAGACAAUAGCUCAGAGGGUUCAGAAAACCCCAUUCAUAGUGGCAAGAGGAACUCCACUGGUCAAAAUAUCAGUGCACACAGGACCUGUCAGUAUAAAAAAGCAGGCCCAAAGGAGUCAUAAUCUCAGCAGUGACACUUCAAAACCAGCAGCUGAAAGGGACCAGAAUACGACCAUCAAUCUUAGAUCAAAGCAGCAAUCACAAGCAGUAGCAAAUGAGAGGACACACCCUGGCAGCCCCUCAGUGCCCAAAUCUGGGAAAGCCAUAGCCUUAAAAAAAACUGAGACUCAGAACAAAGAACUAAAUGCAAAUAAACACAAAGUCAAUAAGAGUCUUCCUUUUUUCAAGUUCUUUGACGGUUCCAAUCACUUAAAGAAGCCUUCUAUGAAUGAGACACCAUUGGGAGUCUUGCCAAAGCAUGUUGGAGUCAAAGUGGCUCAGGGGAAGAGACUUGACUUCCCUGAAAGCCAUGUUGUGAUUAUAACUAAGGAUGAGGAACUAAGGACAAACACCAAAGAGAUUUCCAACUCUAAAACCCAAACUGUAUUUCCUAAAGUGUUGGGUGGAAGCCAAGGUAAACAUAUUUCCAGGAACAGGAGCGAGGCAUCUUUCCCUUCACUUGCUUUACAGGGAACAACAGUGUCUCAAACCAAAAAAGCCUUAGCUGGGGCAAAGGAGACAGCAAGAAUCAACUUGACUGCCAAGGCGCAGUCUGCGGAACACAACCAAAGUCACUCAAAAGCCCCUCUGCCUGAACACCAUGGGAUGCACCAUGUGUUACGAGUAGACGUGACACUUUCUCCAAGAGACCUUAAAGCUCCAGGUCAGUUUGGACGUCCUGUGGUUGUUCCCCCUGGAAAGGAGAAAGAGGCAGAACGGAGAUGGAAAGAAGGAAACUUCAAUGUCUACCUUAGUGAUCUGAUCCCAGUGGACAGAGCCAUUGAAGACACAAGACCCACUGGGUGUGCAGAGCAACUAGUUCACGAUAACCUCCCAACUACCAGUGUGAUCAUGUGCUUUGUGGAUGAGGUGUGGUCCACUCUCCUGAGGUCCGUUCACAGUGUCCUCAACCGCUCUCCUCCACACCUCAUCAAGGAGAUUCUGCUGGUGGAUGACUUUAGCACCAAAGACUACCUAAAAGAUAAUUUGGAUAAAUACAUGUCUCAGUUUCCAAAAGUUCGGAUUCUUCACCUCAAGGAGAGACACGGCUUAAUAAGAGCCAGGCUGGCAGGAGCACAGAAUGCAACAGGUGAUGUGUUGACGUUUCUAGAUUCUCAUGUGGAAUGUAAUGUUGGUUGGUUGGAACCUCUUCUGGAAAGGGUUUAUUUAAGUAGAAAGAAAGUUGCCUGUCCAGUAAUUGAAGUCAUCAAUGACAAGGAUAUGAGUUAUAUGACAGUGGACAACUUUCAAAGAGGUAUCUUCGUAUGGCCCAUGAACUUCGGUUGGAAAACUAUUCCUCCAGAUGUCAUUGCAAAAAACAAAAUUAAAGAAACUGAUAUAAUAAGGUGCCCUGUCAUGGCAGGUGGAUUAUUUUCUAUUGAUAAAAAUUACUUUUUUGAACUUGGAACCUAUGACCCUGGACUUGAUGUUUGGGGUGGAGAAAAUAUGGAACUGUCAUUCAAGGUGUGGAUGUGUGGUGGUGAAAUUGAGAUCAUUCCCUGCUCCCGAGUGGGCCACAUAUUCAGAAAUGACAAUCCCUAUUCCUUCCCCAAAGACCGCAUGAAGACAGUGGAGCGGAACUUGGUGCGGGUGGCUGAGGUCUGGCUUGAUGAGUACAAGGAGCUGUUCUAUGGCCAUGGGGAUCACCUCAUAGACCAAGGGCUAGACGCCGGCAACCUCACCCAGCAGAGGGAGCUUCGGAAGAAACUGAAAUGUAAAAGUUUCAAAUGGUACUUGGAGAAUGUCUUCCCAGAUUUAAAGGCUCCCAUUGUGAGAGCUAGUGGUGUGCUUAUUAAUGUGGACUUGAGUAAGUGUGUUUCCAUUGAAAACACCACAGCCAUCCUGGAAGACUGUGAUGGGAGCAGCCAGCUUCAACAAUUUAAUUACACCUGGUUAAGACUUAUUAAACAUGAAGGAUGGUGUCUGGCCCCCAUCCCUGAUGAGGGAUCCCUAGUGCUGCGCCCCUGUGAUAACAAAAACAAAGGGCUAAAAUGGCUGCAUAAAUCGACCUCAGUCUUUCAUUCAGAACUGGUAAAUCACAUUGUUUUUGAAAACCAUCAUCAGUUGUUGUGCUUGGAAGGAAAUAUUUCACAGAAGAUGCUCAAAGUAGCUGUUUGUGACCCAAACAAACCACAUCAAAAGUGGAAAUUUGAAAAGUACUAUGAAGAAUGAAGAGGAACUGAUGUUUUCACCUAGUUAACCCAUUAGAUAACUGUGAAAGUAACAGUGAACUCAGUGACUGUGUUUUUCAGUGGUAGUGUAAAUUUUCAAUAGAAUGGAAGAUUUUUAAAAAUCACAAUAUUUAGAGUACCAAAAGAUAACUCAGGGAAACAGUCCACCAUUUGGAUGGACUGGAAUCCUUCAGCCCUGGGUGGCCUUUGGUAUCGCCCAGCAGGAACUCAUUCUGCAGGUUUUCCCCAUGCAAUCUCACAGGUAACCAGAAAUGAAAACAGACACAGGGGAGAGCACAAUGAUAUUCACAGUGGUUGUCUUUAAAUCCCCAAAUAGAGAACCUGGUCCUUUAUUUGUUAUUUUGUCAUAAAACAUAAAUUGCAUUAGUUCUUAUGACUAGAAAAAUAUCAGAUAGAUAUACAUAAAGUUAUCAUACUGUUGAAAUUCCUCUAGACUACAUGCACAUUUACCUAGCAAUUUAAAACAGUACUGAUCAACUAUUGAUGACCCCACCUAAUGGCUGGUCUUUGAUCUAGAUUAUUGCUUAAUGUUUUAUUCUCAGUCUGAGUCAUAGAAAAACUUUUAAGUAAGAAAGAAGGGGUCUUUAUAAAUAUAUUUAAUUCUAAAUAUGGAAAUUGUUUCAGUUCAUUUUGUGUUUUUAAAACUACACUUUAAAAUAAUUGGUCAUACCAGUAACUUCUUGGAUUUGUGGGGAUAUUAAUUUUAAAAAAGCAAAGAAAACUAGGCUGUGUCAUAACACAAUGUAGUAACCAAAAAUACCUUUGCUUGUAGAAUACACUUUCAUGCAAGCCAAAGUGAGAAGAGUUGAAACAAAGCAGGAUCAGUGCACUGAAAAAUAUUAAUUUUUAUAUGAAAAUAAUAAAAUGCUAUUUUAGAUUUAACAGAGUUCAAUGGGAUGAAGUAUGCUAAAAAUGUACUCUAAAAGACGUCAAAGUAGAAAUAAAGUAAACAUAAUGAAAAAGGAAAUGAGGUAAGCAACUCUUAGGAAGAGAAUUAAGAAAAAAUUGCCCAGGAGUUGGCCAAAGAAAGAGCUCUUUUCCUUCCCCUCUACCAAGGGGAAGGGAAAUAGUAAAGCCUCAAUGUGGACCCAAUGAUGAUGACAACAAGUCUGGGGGAAAAUUAAAUAUUUUUUGAUCCAAAUAAAAUUUCUCAUCUUAAAUAUACCAGUACUUAUGCAUACAGAAAGAAAUCUUUAAAAUCAAGAUAUUCUUUACAAUAAUUUUGAUAAGAAAAUUGAUACCUGAAGACAAUUUACUUGUCUAAAACUCACUCAUGGGGGUCAUGGUGGUGAAUGCCUGUAAUCCCAAUUACUUGGGAGGAUGCUAAGGCAGGAAGAUUGCAAGUUCGAGACCAGUUUGGGCAAUUUAGUACGACCCAGUCUCAAAAUAAAAAGUAAAAAUAUCUGAGAAUGUAGUUCUGUGGUAGAGGCCCCUGGGGUAUUGAGACCAUCCUUAGUGCACUAAAAUAAAAUAAAAUAAAAUAAAAUAAAAUAAAAUAAAAUAAAAUAAAAUAAAUACAAAAAUAAAAUAAAAUAAAAUAAAACAAAUGAAAAUAAAAAUCACAGGUCAAUUAAUGGGAGAAUCAAAAUGAGAAUUCAGAUCUCCAGAAACAGGGCCCUUUCUUCUAUUUCAGACCACUGACCUGAACAUAUUUGCCCCAUGACAGACCUUAGAAAGAGACAUGCAAACCUCUUGGUUGGGUCCCUGCAGGAUAAUCAUGCUUAUUUUUGUUAAUAUAAAAAAAAUUUAAAAAUAUUUGAAAUAUUUGUUCUUUUGAGAACCAGACAUAUUUAGUUCUGACUUACUAUUUAAUACAAUUUCAACAUCGAACUAAGUAUGCAAAAGCAGAGCUUUACAAAGGGGAAAGGGAAAUAUUUUUGCACAUUUACAACAUAUAAGAUGUUUUAUUCAAAUUGCCAAUUGCAGAUAAGAGAAUAAAUAGAAAAUGAGAUGAUUCUUUUCAAAAUGGGUGAAAAACACAAGUCAGUUCAAUUAGCUAAAGGGCUAAUUGAGAUUCUUUGUGUAACUGAAAAAUGCUGAAAGAUCUUCCCAAUCUACCGAAUCUCCAUUCUAUCCAGUUUUCACAAAGGAAAGUCAACUCUUUUCAUAAAAAAGGUGAGUCAUAGUUUGGAUCUACCUACCUUUGCUGAAGGAAGGUCUGUGUCUUCCUCACAAAUUCCUUCUACUUUCUCCUCAAUGCAUGCUCUUCCUGAUCUUACCUGACAUACUUUUUACAGAGAGUUGUAUUUGAAUCCAUAUUGUCAAUAGAACAAAAAUUGUUUUCAAACUUCACGUGUUUGUUCUUGGGUACAAUUUUUAAAAAAAGAAAACCUGUUUUACCAUAUAUUUGCUCAAUUAUUCUAAAAGGCUAGGAACCAAUCACUAGGAAUCUGCGCAGGUCUAAUCUUGAGAUAGUUGACUAAUUGUCAAAUCUACUCCAACAAUUUUUAAGUAUUGCCCUCUGGUUUAAAAAAAAAAAAAAAAAAAAAAAAACUGGAGUAAGUGUAUGAAUACUACCAGGUCUUCUGGUACUUCUCAUGCUAAACCCUUGGAAGGGACACUUUCAGGUCCAAAUCAGUCCUGAAUUCUCCAAUAGGAAGGUAUGUUAUUGGGGGCUUCAAUUUCAUUGUGGUUGGCUUAGUUUAUUGCCUUUUCACAGAAAAAUGUCUAUGUAUCUUGUUAACCUGAACAUAGGAUAUCCUUGAUAAUAUUUGACAAAUUUAUUUGACCAAAAAGCUAACUUACCAAACUCUCAAACUGCUUUUGUGCCUGUCAGUUGGUAUAACCAUAUUUUAUGACCAGCACCAAAUUUGCUCAGUUCUAUUUGCUGAAAUUUAAUGGGCUGUCAUUCACAGGGCUGCAGACUCCCAUGGGCCAUGAUCACAAUGUAUCAUUAGCGUCACACUAAUUUGUAAACACUCUUUUAGUUUUACCAAUUGCUCUGCCAUUGUCUUAGGGAUUGUAGAGGGACAAGGAUUCCAGGAACAGUGAACAGGAAUUCAGUAUUUCCAGUGAAACCUGAUGUCAUGAAUGCCUUAGAAUGAUUUUUGAGGAGCUCCUAGGCAAGAGAAUGAAGUUAAGACACAUUAGAUAGUACCAUCUUUUUUGGUUCAAACAUUUCUAAUUUAACUUCCACAUGGAAAACACAGGAAAGAAAUGAUACCUCAGACAAAGACCCCAAUAUCUUGGAUAAAAAUGAAGAUAUUACAAGAGGUGACAGGAAAAAAGAGGAACUAUUACUGUUGAGUACUUCCUAUACACUAGGCACUGCAGUUGGGUUAUAGUUAUUGGUAUCACAGAUAAUGGAAUAAAAUGGGGUCAAACCUCUGAUCUCUCUUGAGGUUGGAUAGAGAGGAAAUAGAAGCCGGUGUCUCUGUGUGUGUUAAGUAUAAGUGUGUCAACUCCCAUAUGUCUUGCAGUGAUCUAUAUCUUCUAUACCAAAUAUGAGUGAUAGACACAUACAGUUUUGCUUCCCUGUAAAUACUAGCACCAGCUCUUUCUUCUCCCAACCUUUAGGCAAAGCUGACAAGUGGCUCAAUUUGAACAGAGGUGGGAAAUAAAAAAUUGAAGUCUUUCAAUUUAAAAUAGAAACCAUGAUUUUUAACUUCCAUUCAUUGUGUAGAUUGUCACCAUACUGCUUUGCAACCAGUGUUAACGUAGGUUACUCAAUGAUUGCUAUAAGCCCAAAUACUUUGAAAUGGAAAAAAGAAGUCCUAACCAAAGCUAUUGUAGAAAAUAUUUAUUUUUCUAUAAAUACCUGUUCUAUGAAUGUUUGAAUGAGUCAGAUAAAGUAUUAUAUUCUGCCAUGAAGCUUAAUGAAUGAUAUUUCAGAUGCUGGUGCCUGAAUCUCAAAGAAAGCAGGGGGCAUACCAUCAGGUAAAGCAGAGUUAAUGCCUCUGUUUUCAAAGUAAUAGGUCAACUAAUAGUCACCAUUUCAAUUCGAAUUCCUUUGCAAAUUUAUGUAAGCCUUUACUUUAUAAAACACACAAACAAAAUAGUAGUGAAAAUUGUCAUUUUAAAUCAUGUAGGACAAUUCAGAAUAAUCUAGAAAAUGCCGAGUUACUAAUACUGACAACUUUCGUCAAAUAACAAAUUUUUUGAAAGCAGAGGUUUUCUAUUAUGAAUGGAUAGAUAGUUGCAAGUUUAGAGAUAUUAGUUAUAAUUCUCUGCAUAAAUAAAGCUUUUAAAUCACAUAUUGAAAUUGAAAGUUCUGAUAACAUGAAUAAAGAUUUUAAUCUUUCCCUGACCAUUUGAAAACAUCAGUUUUUGUAAAGGCGUUUUUGUGUGUGUGUGUGUGUGUGUGUGUGUGUGUGUGUGUGUGUGUUUCAUACUAUAGAUGGGGAGAAAGUAAAACCCAGGGUUUCUACUUGCAACAUGAAGAAAAUGAAAAGUCUCUGAAUAAUUUUAACUCUUUCAGUUACAUGGUUUUGUCUAAUCUAACCUUCUGUAUAACAGUACCAGUAACAAGUGAACUUUCACUUUGAUGCUGUGCGGUAGACUUGAAGGAAUAAUCAAACUCUAAAUUAUCAGGGUGAUUGUUCUUCUGUUUAUGGUUGUGCACAAUGCUUUCAUUCUUCUCCUUUAAACACUGCCCAAAUUUCACUAGUUUUAUACGCAUUAGCCCACAGGAAGUGGGCCUAAAACAAGACAAAGAAUAGGAUAGAGUAAUUUUAUUAUUGAUUCCCUGAAAACAUUCUUUAGUGAGAGAACAAGAUUGAAGCUAUAGAACAUAAAGGAGUUUGGAGUUAAUUUGGACAUUUUUCUGUACCACAUUUUUACCUAUGACCAAACAAAGUUAUUAUAAAGAAGGAAUCAAAUAGAUAAUUUUUAAUUUCUGGAAAAAAGUCCAAAUUGCUCUCUAAAUUUAUAUCCAAAAUUCUCCUGAACAGACAGCUAAUUCCUAGAUGUCACCAGUGUAUUUUGUACUUUGCUGUGGUCUCUGGGUGAUUUCUACUGCCCAUUAACACCCAUGUCAUUGUGUCUGUGUGUACUGUAUGGCCCAGUCAUUUCGUGUACUUCAUGAGCUGUGUAAAGAUUUUGGUCCUCAUAUUUAUGGUGGUAUGCUACAGUUUGAUAUUUUAAUAUUGGCAAAUAUAACUUUGACAUUACUUUUUAUAGCCCUCUUGUUUUUAUAGAGCAAUGAAAGUUCAGCCUUUAAGAGAAGUGGUUGCCUUUCUCAUAUGGUCAAACAUAUUUCUUCUUUAUGAUACCCUGGUGUUUCAUCCUUUUCCAUAAUUCUCUAUUAUUACUUAUUUUAAAUGUUUUCCCUAUCACUUUGAAAAACUUAAAUGUCUGUUCUCCAUUUGAAAAUAUGCCAAAAGUACUACCCCAUGUAAAUAUGCAGAAACAAUUACUAUAAAAGUGUCAGCAUAGUUUAAAUGUAUUACCUUGAUGACUACAAAGAUAAAUAUAUAUUUUUCAACUUGUUGGUGUUAAUAUUCAACUAAAACAGUAUCUCACUUUCUUUAACAGUAAUAGAAAUUUUUAUGUAUAUUAUAUAUCUACCAAAAAAUUUUUAU